ACACACAGAGGAGUGUGUGAGUUGUUUCGGAGCUGAUCUGUCACACACUCUCGAGCUGAGAUGAUGGACUACACGUGUUUAUGUUUGCUGUUCAUAUGCAUUUCAUAUGUUAGUUCAACAAAAUUACAUUAUGAUCCUCGAGUGACGGUGAAAAAAGAAGGUAUAACCAGGUUUUCUUUUGAAAACAAGCCCAAUAUUAAUUUGGUGAAGCUCGUCAGCUCUGGUAAACAAAUCAUAUGGGUUGGAGGAAACGAGAGCCUUUAUUCCAUCAUCACAACACAAGCCUCCAGCCCUCAUCAGGUGAAUAUGAAUCUCUGUCAUGAUCAAAGCAAAGAUUCAGAGACUCCACACUGUUCAUUCAGGAUCUCUCUGCUCAGAGAAAGUGUUGAUCGGAAUCUCCUGUUCAUCUGUACGUCAGAUGAUGGAAAUACCAAGUGCUGUAACUUGGACUCCAGCUAUUCUCAAAUCGACUGCUUCGUGUCAGAAAAUUAUGAGCCAGACAUAAAUGAGCCGUCAUUACUUGAUGGUAACAUGCUGUACUUCACCAAAUCUGAGAAGGGAUUGUACAGGAUAAACAAGAACGAUAAAAACGACAACAUUUGGUCUCAGUCGACUCAAGCGGAGCAAACGUAUUUGAAGCUGAUCGCUGGUAAAGGCCAACACCAGGACAAAGUUUAUUCCUUCUUCGCAGAGAAACACAAAAGUAGAGACGGUGAAUCUGAGCAGUGGAUUCCACGAGUCUCUCAGAGCUGCAAGAACGACAGAGGAGGCUCAAAGAGUCUGCUUCAGAGCAGCUGGACAUCCAUGAUUUUCAGCCGUCUGUUCUGUGGCAGAGGAUAUGAAUUCACUCAGAUGAUCGAUGUGGCCACACUGGAAACAGACAGCGACGCCCAAAUUUAUGUGCUUUUCAGAAACUAUUGGAACAUGAGUGCUGUCUGUGUUUAUAACAUGACUGAAAUCAGCACCGUCUUCAAUUCCUCCAAGUUCAACUCCGGAAAGGUUCCCGCGAAUCACCGGCCAGGAACGUGUGUUUCGGACAGUACUCGUCUAAGCAGUGAAGUGCUGGGGUUUAUGAAGGACCGUCCAGAGAUGAAGGAAUCUGUGAUGCCAGAGAACGGCCCCAUGCUGUUUCAACACUACCAGUACACUCAUAUACAGGUGGACCGAGUGCGAGGACAAACCGUCAUGCUUCUGUCUCUGGAAAGUGGAGGAGUUCAUAAAGUGCUGGAAGACACCAUUGAACAACCUGUUUUUAUCAUUGCGGAGUAUCUGCCGUUUCAACAAGAGACACACAUCACUAGCAUGCUGCUGGACACUUCACAGCAUCUGUAUGUGAGUUCCAGUAAUGAAGUUGUUCAGAUUGACCUAAAGACGUGCCAUGUGUACGGAAACGAGUGCAACGAAUGCAGAUUAUCUCGAGACCCCUACUGCGGUUGGAGCGGUUUGCACUGCACCUCUGCAGCCGAAAACCAAGUCCGGGAUUUUAAAGACUGCGCUGACAUCACACAAACACAGACUGACUCAAACUCGGUGAUUAAGGCUAAGCUACACGCGCCGACUUCAGCUUUUUUAAAAGAAAAGCCUCAAGCCACACCAUCUGAAAUCGACGUGCCUCCGUCAUCGAAACACUUCUUGCUCUGCCCCGUGAUUUCACACCACGCCACGUAUCACUGGGAACAUGAUGAGACACGUGCGGACUGCGUUCAGGCUGAUAACGGCUGUUUGUAUCUCAUUGAAAGCAUGAACAAGACUCACGAAGGGACGUACAAAUGCAAGUCUUCAGAGGAAGACUACAUUAAUAGGACGGUCGUCGAAUACAAGCUGAGCAUGAGCCGCUCAGACGCACACAGACUCACUCCUGUGCUGUUUCCCAGCUUCUUACUUCUUCUCACAGUCUUCCACGUCUUGCACUUUUGAAAGGAUCCCUGGAAGUUGCCAUCCACAUCCUAUUUAAUAAUCAUCCGCUUUUAUGGAUUAUUAUUGCCAUACGUGGUACAUAAGGGUACUUUUUUUGUUGUUGAGAUUUAAACAUCAUGUGAAAGCUGAUUAAAUAAAAGCUUUCCUUUGAUGUAUGGUUUAUUAGGAGGACAAUUGAGGGUGCACGAUAUUUUU